GAGCCCGCCGGCCUCUCUCUGCCCGCGUCCGUCCGUGACAUUCCGGCCGGGGCUCACCGCGAUGGCCCUCCCGACACCUUCGGACAGCACCCUCCCCGCGGAAGCCCGGGGACGAGGACGGCGACGGAGACUCGUUUGGACCCCGAGCCAAAGCGAGGCCCUGCGAGCCUGCUUUGAGCGGAACCCGUACCCGGGCAUCGCCACCAGAGAACGGCUGGCCCAGGCCAUCGGCAUUCCGGAGCCCAGGGUCCAGAUUUGGUUUCAGAAUGAGAGGUCGCGCCAGCUGAGGCAGCACCGGCGGGAAUCUCGGCCCUGGCCCGGGAGACGCGGCCCGCCAGAAGGCCGGCGAAAGCGGACCGCCGUCACCGGAUCCCAGACCGCCCUGCUCCUCCGAGCCUUUGAGAAGGAUCGCUUUCCAGGCAUCGCCGCCCGGGAAGAGCUGGCCAGAGAGACGGGCCUCCCGGAGUCCAGGAUUCAGAUCUGGUUUCAGAAUCGAAGGGCCAGGCACCCGGGACAGGGUGGCAGGGCGCCCGCGCAGGCAGGCGGCCUGUGCAACGCGGCCCCCGGCGGGUGUCACCCUGCUCCCUCGUGGGUCGCCUUCGCCCACACCGGCGCGUGGGGAACGGGGCUUCCCGCACCCCACGUGCCCUGCGCGCCUGGGGCUCUCCCACAGGGGGCUUUCGUGAGCCAGGCGGCGAGGGCCGCCCCCGUGCUGCAGCCCAGCCGGGCCGCGCCGGCGGAGGGGAUCUCCCAACCUGCCCCGGCGCGCGGGGAUUUUGCCUACGCCGCCCCGGCUCCUCCGGAAGGGGCGCUCUCCCACCCUCAGGCUCCUCGGUGGCCUCCGCACCCGGGCAAAAGCCGGGAGGACCGGGACCCGCAGCGCGACGGCCUGCCGGGCCCUUGCGCGGUGGGACAGCCUGGGCCCGCUCAAGCGGGGCCGCAGGGCCAAGGUGUGCUUGCGCCACCCACGUCCCAGGGGAGCCCGUGGUGGGGCUGGGGCCGGGGUCCCCAGGUCGCCGGGGCGGCGUGGGAACCCCAAGCCGGGGCAGCUCCACCUCCCCAGCCCGCGCCCCCGGAGGCCUCCGCGCGGCAGGGGCAGAUGCAAGGCAUCCCGGCGCCCUCCCAGGCGCUCCAGGAGCCGGGGCGCUCGUCUGCACUCCCCUGCGGCCUGCUGCUGGAUGAGCUCCUGGCGAGCCCGGAGUUUCUGCAGCAGGCGCAACCUUUCCUAGAAACGGAGGCCCCGGGGGAGCUGGAGGCCUCGGAAGAGGCCGCCUCGCUGGAAGCACCCCUCAGCGAGGAAGAAUACCGGCUUCUGCUGGAGGAGCUUUAGGACGCGGGGUCUAGGCCCGGUGAGAGACUCCACACAGCGGAGAACUGCCAUUCUUUCCUGGGCAUCCCGGGGAUCCCAGAGCCGGCCCAGGUACCAGCAGGUGGGCCGCCUACUGCGCACGCGCGGGUUUGCGGGCAGCCGCCUGGGCUGUGGGAGCGGGCAGCCCGGGCAGAGCUCUCAUGCCUUUC